AUUAAGUUUUCUUUAUUCUUAACUAAUUAAUAAUAGCUCGUGCAAAUAUGACAAUUUUGAAAUAUAAUGGUGAAAUCAGUGAUAUCAGUGCUGAUACAAUUGAAUUCAUAGAUAAUGUACUUACAAAGAAAUUUGGAUUUGAAAAUAAAAAAGUACGAAUAGAACCUGUGGGUAAAAUAGGUGAUAAUUUCGCAUCGCAAGUUAAAAGAAUAAUAGUAGAAGAUGAUUCAGAACCAUUCGGUAUGCUACUAAAAUCGUUACCUGUCAUUGAAGAUACAGCUGAGGCGGUAUUUGAUGUACAAUUAUUAUUUAACAAUGAAAUCUUAAUGUACGAAAUUUUAUCCAAGUUUAAAGAUUUUCAAACCAAUGCAGGAAUUCCUAAAACAGAUCAAUUUAAAUUUCCUCAAUGUUAUGGUUUUGGAAUUAACAAAGAUUUUAUUCUCCUCGAAGACUUAAAAAUAUCAAAUUUUACUAUGCUCGACAAAUUUGAACCUCUAUCAAAUGAUUGUGUGAAUAUUGUUCUGAAGAAAUUUGCAAUGUUUCAUGGUUUAUCUUAUGUAUUAAAGUACCAGGAACCAGAGAAGUACAAAGAUUUAAAGGAGGGCCUAGUGGAUCCAUUUAACAGUAAGGAACAUUUUAUCUCACAGUUUCAAAUGACACUUGAACUGAUUGAAAAAGAUACGAUAAAUAUAGUUGAUCAAGAGAAAUAUAAAAAUGUUUUAAAAAACUCCCUGUCGCAAAUGAUUUCUUAUACUGCGGUGCUUGAUAAGAAUGCAGAGAUGUCACAAUAUUCUGUAAUCACUCAUGGAGAUUGUUGGACGAACAAUAUACUGUUUCAAAUAAAGGAAGGAAAACCCGUGGAGUGUAUUUUAAUUGACUAUCAGCUUUCAAAACAUCGCAGUCCUGCUUGGGACCUUCUACAUAUGAUUUUCAACUGCACAAACUCUGCAAGCAGGCAUGACUAUUACCUAGAAUGGAUUGAUUACUAUCAUUCUGAAUUAGAUAAAUCCUUAUCUUAUUUCGGGCUUAAAUCAGAAAUCGUCUAUCCAAGAUACGAACUUGACGCUGACCUAAAAAAAUAUGCGAAAAUUUUAUUCUCUCAUUCUGUUUUCGCAACAAUGAUGGUAAUGAGAAAACCUGAAGAUUCACUUAUCUUGAAAGAAGCUAUGGAUGAACAAGAUGUAGAUAAAUUUACUGAAGCUAUGAAAGCGUCAAACUUAGACGAGGACUCUAAAAAGAGGACAAAGAAUAUCAUCGAAGGCUUAAUAGACACAGUUUUGGAAUUUAAUCUUAUGUAAAUAAUAUUAGAUAAACAAAACAAAUUUACAAGUAUAUUAUUGUAAUAUAUAAUUAUUAGGUACUAUUUUUUAAGAAAAUCUGUUAGUUCCCUUUCGAAAGAUUCUGUGCUAGCUUCUUGAGACUUUAGACCGAAAUACAGUAGUCAUACUCAAUCUACUCUAAUUUUAAGACUGCAUCAGCUUUCCAUGUCUUUAUUCAUAUAAUAUUAUGAAAAUUAAGUACUUAACUACUGUAUUUAUCACUUGUUACUCAAAAAAGAAAUAUUAUCUUUUCAUUUCUCAAUUUUCAAUAACAAUAUCUAAUUAUUAUAAGAAAGACUUAUUAUCUACAUUUUAUUCUGUACAAUUUCAUAAUAUUGCUCAAUGUCAAGGAAUGUUGCGUUGGUUUGGUCAUUUGGAGAGGAUGGAUGAAAGAAGAAUUACGAAAGAGAUUUAUCGAGCAAGAAUGAAUGGAGAUGUCGGUAGGGGCCGCCUUAGAUGGACGUAUGUCGACCAAAUAGGCGACGUGCUGAAGAAGGGCCAAAUUAAAAGUACCCGUAACCGGCGAGCGUGUAUGAAAAGAUUGAUGAAUGUGGAAGAAGCGAAAGAGGUUAGUUUGAAUCGAAGCAUUUGGCGUUCCAUUGUUUCUGCCUACCCUAAUGGGAGACAGGCGUGACAGAUAUGUAUGUAUGUAUGUAUGCUCAAUGUCAAAGACUUUGUCCAUAUACUUUCUAUAAAUCACUUCAAUGUAUUCAUAGAAGACGUUUAAGAAAAUUUUCUGCUAGUAAAUCUAAAUAUUUUCCACAAAAGUCUGUAUCGUUGUCACGUCAUAAAUCUAAGCAAGAAAUGUCUUUAAAAUGUAGAUUUUAAUUCAGCCGUUUAUACUCAAUUUCGUAGCCAAAGUAGAUAAAUCUUAUAUAAGAAAUCAGUAUAGGAUCGGAUAAGACACUUAAAAAUUUUAAUAUAAAAAAAAAUCCGAAACUCUUUAUAAACAUUUACAUUUUAAUAAUUGGUACUAUUAUUAGUCAAAUUAUAAUCACCAAGUUUAUUCAAUGAGAAAUGAAAAGUAAUAGGUACAUCGUACUCGAUGUCGUAAUUAAACAGCGGAUCCUAUAGCACGCUCCGACGCCCGAACACAAACGCACCCAUAAACAUACCUUCAACGCACUCAUGCACAAAUUGACCUAAAAACAGUACUUUUUAUUGUACACCAACGUUCUAGACACCGGAUAUCUGAAGAUACAAAUCUAGAAGAAAUUAGAAAACACCAUGGAUAAAAAUUAGGGCAACUGAGAAUAAAACUGGUUACUUAAACCAAAUCUGUUACUUACAAUCUUGUGGUAGCUCGCAAUGUGAAUACUUGAAUUUGAAAAAUGUGUUCUUUCUGUUCUGAUAUCACAUUUAAUUUAAAUUUUAUAUAUUUAUUUAUUAUUUAUUUAUUCUUUAUUGCACAAUAAAAUUAUGUACAAAUGGCGAGCUUAAUGCCAUAUGGCAUUCUCUACCAGCUAACCAUUGGAUAAAAACAGAAAGCGUAUGAAGGGCAGAUGUGGUGAAAAAUAUGUGACAAUUAUAGUAACACAUUAAGGCAAUACACAAUAUAAAUAUAAUAUAUGAUCAUUAUUGUAUUGUAAGUGUAAAUAUAUAAUUUAUCAAGUGUAAAAGACAUAGAA